AUGUCCACCCCCCGCAGACCUCACCGUCAAAAACCAUAUAUCCCUAAAAAUAAAGAAAAUAUUACAACAGGUAUAUCAUCGCCAACCCCGCGUUCAGAGCGUCGUCGACAGACGAUAAUUCCACCUUCAAAAACGCAUAUAGGUUCUGAUAACGAAGAAUAUGACCAACGGCAAGGGAUAUAUGGAGCUCGAGAUGAAUAUGAGGAAGGGGAAGGGGAAGAUGGGACUCCAUUUGUUGGAUUUUCGGAACGGGAUAUUAUGGCAUUGAGGAGCGUUGCGGCGCAGAAAAUGAAGACGAGUGGUGGAAGGGGGUAUGGGCGGCAGGGGAGGAGGGGGUUAGCGAAGUUCGAGGUUUUGAGGGAUGUUACUGGGGAUUUUGUGAAUAGGGAACAGGUGGGGAGGGGCACUCCGGCUGGGAAGGGGAAGAGGAGAGUUUUAGAGCAAGAAGAAGAGGGAGAACUGGUUGAGGAGAGUGAAAGGACUACGACUAUUGGUGGGGAAGGCAGUGGUGAUGAUGAUGAUGAGGAGGAGGAGGAGGAGGGAGAAGAGGGAGAAGGGGUUGGUGCAACUGUGAUUGAGGUUGAUGAACUCGAGGAAAUCCAACCUUCAGUAGUCCAAGAUAUUGACGAUGUUGAGGAGCCAGAGAUAUCAUUUACAGAAGAAGAACGAGCAUUGAAUAUGACAAUUCUCGAACCAAAUCAUGAAGCUUACAUCGAGCAAUCAGACGUCGAAUCUGAUAUCGAACCAUCCAGUUCACCAAUCUACUGCAUCUCUCCACCAAAUACCCCCACAGGGUCCCUCGACAAUAAUGCAGAAAACUCCGACACCGCCAGUAUUUUCACAACUUCAUCUGAAGAUCUCAAUACCAUUACCGAUACUAAUAAUAGAAUUUUGGCUCAACCCCCAAGAACAGACAAUACCGCCCUCCGCAACCUCCUCCAUCCUUCCUCCUACACAGACCUCCGCACGACCCACCUCUCCGAUGUUGCCCUUUCCAAAGAAUGGCACGUCAGGAAGUGUCACCUGCUUAACACCCACCCGGAUCGUGUCCGGGAAGACCCUUUUACCCCUCCACCAGACCAAACCCCCUAUAAACGUCCUAAGAGCCGAAAAAUCCCAAGACUGAUUGCUAAGCCCGCGGUAAGGCUAUGGCGUCAUUUAGGUCUAUACGAUCCGGAGUCAAGACCUGCCAGGAAGUUAUUGGGAUGGUUAAGGAAAGAAGAUGAAGCAUUACUUUCUCAAAUAUCACUUGUUGCUCCUAGGAUGGAGCUUCAACAUAUAAGAGAAGUCCACGAGCAUGCAUUUCAACCACUUCGAGUACGGCUCCUGAAGUACCUAAGAGAAAAUUACCAGAAUUGUACUUGGUGUUUGUUAUUCUCGGAGUUUGUGUACAUGAAUGCUCGUCACAUAUUGCACGAUUAUAAUACUACUGUCAAUGGUAGUUGUUUGUUCCUUAUGGUCUCGACUAAUGAAACGGGGAAGAUUAAACAGGUUGCAGAGGGAAUGUUGAGGAAUAUGAGGUUUGGAGAUGAACUUGCCGUCUUUGUAAAGAGUGGGAAUUCGAGGUUCUUUGGGAGCUAUGGGUUAGUAGGCGGGAAAGGGGAGUAUGAAGACGAAGAAGAUGAGGAGGAAGAGGAAGAGGAAGAAGAGCAAAAACCACAUAUCCUCGCGCAGGGAGGCUCUCGGCCAGGUGUAAGAGUCGGAUGGCCCUCUUUCUUCUUCCCAAAGGCUGCGCAAACCACUUCUCUCGAGACAGAUACCCCACCGCAGAAGACAAUUUAUACACCCUACACACCCCCUAAUCCCAAUCCCAAAUCCAAGUCUAGUCCCAGCCCCAAAUUCAAACCCAAACCCACCCCCGACUCUAAUGCCAACUCCAAAUCCAAAUCCGAAUCGCCAUCUAACUCUCCAGGAACACUAUCUUCUUUGAGUCUUUCACCAACCCCACCCCCACACUCACCAAUGGCAAACAUCCAUAAAAUCCGCUGGGACCAAAAACUUUAUCAACAUGAGCUAGACGCAUUCACAUAUGGACUUCGAUGGAUUGCACGGCUCGAUAUCCCAUCAAGUGACGAAGGCUUGAAAGCGAACUACCAAGACAGACCAAAUAUAGGUAACUCAUUGAGCGCCAAAGGAGAUUAUGGAUCGGGUACUUUGGCAGGGUAUAUGACAGAUAGGAGGGGAAGGGUUUAUGCCAUGACUUGCCAUCAUGUGAUGUACUUCGACAACCACGCCUCUCUCUGGCCCCACCGCUCCAACUACAUAAUAAAUGCUUCUUCAUGCCAGCCGAUCUGCCCAAGCAUCGAGGAUAUCACAUACGAAACUAGAGCAAUAGGCCACCAAAUCGACGGAUUGAUGCACGAAGCCAUCUGCGCAUAUACAAGGGGUAAAUACGCCCUCGCAGAAACUCUUACACGCAAGGGUAAAGAGAAAUUAAAACUUCAUGAUAAACUAGUCGAGGAAUAUGGAAAAGGUGGUACUAGCUUUGGAGGGACUGUGGCCUCGGCUUGGAGGAUUGCACAGAUGAAGGAUGGACCAUGGAUCAUGGAUCAGGUUGUGAUUAAACCGAAGAUUGAACGCAUCGGAACAAAUACAUUCACCUACACCGGCCGCGACAACAAGGGCGGUCGUCGGUUCCGCGUAGAAGCCAGAGGUUGGACCAAUCUCCCAAUCGGUGCCGAAGUCUUAAAAAUAGGCCGAACAACAGGUCUCACAAAGGGUACCGUGCUCUCCCUCAACGCCGAUGUCCGUAUAAUGCUCGGCAAGCAUUACGAAGAACAUCCCGAAAUCCAUAAAGUACAAAGAUACUGGGAAGUCAAAUGUGGUAUCGUAAGCGCCGGUUCAGGCCCCUGGUUUUCAGACCCAGGUGAUUCCGGAGCUUGGGUUUUGUCAUGUCCAUCGUUUGAGGAUAUGUUAAAAUGGGAUUUGAGGAGGGCUGGUGGGAAGGGGGUGGCCGAUCCGAUCCCCGCUCCUGUUGGUGGGUUAUUAUUCGGUGGAGCUGAUAGUGUUGAUGGGAUCAACUUGACAUUCUACAAUCCCACGAAAAUGGUGAGAACGUGUUUAAUUCACACUCUAGGGGAACAGUUAGGUCGGGAAUUGAGGCCCGGCUUUGGAGGGGAGAUAAUACCAACCCCGUUGAGUGAAGAAUGGGAAGAACAAGAUUCGUGGAGUCGACAGAAUAAACUUACGGCUAAUGCGUGGGCUGGAUUUGUGAAUCAUGGGUUUUGGAAGUAUCAGAUGAAACGGUAUCCGGAUGACCAUGUGUUUAGGAGUAGAAGGUGGUGGGAUGAAUGGGAAAGGAAGCUCAAAAACGUUACGCAGGAUUUGGGGUUUUUAAAUUUUGGUGACAAAGGGCGGGACUAUGAUACGAUUGCUGAGAUGAAUAAGAGGACCAUGUUUAGAGCUACGGGAUUCAAGGGGAAUAAUACACCCGACCUUGAACAAAGAGGCCCAGAAGAAGGAGAAGAAGAAACAGCAAAAGUAACUCCACAAGCCACACAGAGACAAUCCUCAAAGCUCAAAAUACGUUUCGAAGAACUAACACCCCGAAGGAGAGGAACUACUGACGAUAUACCAGAUACCCCCGUUUCAACUCUACCAAAGAUUCGGAGAGUUGGUCCGCCGUAUGUCCCGAUAGAGAGGCUUAUGAGAGAAGCAACACCGGGGAAAUAUACGCCUAACGCUACUACUAAUAGAAAAGUCGGGGGCGCAUAUACGCCUGUCAAUGUCAGAAAUAUUAUCUAUAGACCAGGAUAUAAGAUGACUAGGUCGGGGAGGAAGAUUUCUAAAACUUCGGUUACUAGGAUUGAGAAGGACGACGGAGAAAGUGACGAUUCUUUGGGGAGGGCAAUAAGAGAGUCGUAG